AUGGCUGCUGUUCCGAAAUUAAAUAAUAAUAGUAGUAAUUAUCAUUAUCAUUAUCAUCAGCAGUUGCAUUGGAUGUUUUGGGAAUUAAAUAGUGUGCAGGGAAGUGUUAGGAAUUAUGCAAAGAGUUUGAAGAAGAAAUCAACAAGUAAAAUAAUAGUGAAUAAUCAAAAGUUGAUGGAGAAGGAGAGAAUAAUUGAGGAUUCAGUGAAUGAGGAGGAAGAAUCAGAGGAGGCCAAUGUUGCACCAUCAGUGAUAAUGGAUGAAAAGACAAUGGAUGAAGAAGUGGAAAGGAAUUCAAAAUUGCAAACUCCACCUGGUUUGUAUAUUAUUGCCACUCCGAUUGGUAAUUUGAAUGAUAUUUCAGAGAGGGCUAAAUUUGUGUUAUCUCAAUCGAAUAUGAUUGCUUGUGAAGAUACGAGAACGACAAGGAAAUUACUUCAUUUUCAUUCGUUGAUUUCGGAUCCUCCUCAGCAAUUGAUUAGUUUUGUGGAAAAUAAGAAUGCAUCUGAGGUUUAUAGUCAAUCUAAAAAGCAUUUGAGCUUAAUUUUGAAUCGAUUGACUAGCUCAAGUGAUGUAGUAUCGGUGGUUAGUGAAUGUGGAAGUCCUUGUAUUUCAGAUCCUGGUUGGAUUCUAGUUAAGAAUUGGUAUGUGAAAUAUUUGAAAAUUAUAUUAAUUUUAAAUAGUCAUGAAUUAGGAGUUCCUGUUUAUUCAGUACCUGGUCCUAGCUCUAUAAUUGCAGCAUUAUCAAUUAGUGGUUUCAAUAGUAAUAGAUUUAUUUUUGACGGCUUCUUACCAGCCAUUCCAAAGAAGAGAAGGAAGUUGUUACAAGAACUUAGGGAAAUACAAGGAAAUCGUUGUGUUGUAUUCUUUGAAAAUCCAAACAGAAUUAAGCAAACUUUAGCAGAUUGUGUUGAAAUUUUUGGAGGUGAUACACAAAUUGCUCUUUGUUUUGAAUUAACCAAACUCUUUGAGAGAAUUCAAAAGGGAAAACUUUCAACAAUUGAACGAGUAAUGCGAAAUGAAGAUAUUAAGGGUGAAUGUACGAUCAUUAUUGGCAACAAUUCAGAAUAG